AUGGUGGCGCAACGACUGCUGCCGGUUCGAGACACCUACUACUGGGCGCUCGAGCGGAUACCCAAGCGCAGCGUAUAUAGUUCCACCGCCUUCGGCCGAAGGCCGCAUCUGCAACUUGCUCUGAUCCUCCAUGUCCUGCGGCUCAUGUCGCAUUCAGCGGCUACAUCCGCGUAUGGUCCUCUCCUGAUAGACAACUUCAUCAGUGCCGUACAAACUACCAUCAUCUGUGUUCAGGUCGCCGUAUUCUGGCAGCAUGCGGAAAGAUACUCGCGUAUCAUGAAGGGCCUGAUAGCGUUCAUUACACUCGUAUCGCUCAUACAGACGGCAGGACUGUUCCGCGUAGUCUGGCUCACCAUCGUGAAGGCGGUGGAUACUCGUACUCAGGCUUUUGGCGGCUUGUCAGCUUUUCCUAUCUUCCAAGCACUGCUGGCCACUCCUGUUCAGGGAGUGUACACAUGGAGAUGUUACCUUAUUCUGGGGCGGAGACCGUGGCUUCCGCUCUUGUUGUGUGGCGCCAACAUCACCUCCGCUGCGCUAUACAUCUACUGCACUUCAGCCUAUUCGUCAGGCCUGUGGACCCAACCUCUUGCUGGCAUUAAGCAAAGACCGCACGCCCUCUACUUGGCCGCACUCUCAUUGACGAUAUUUAUUGAUGUUGUGCUAUCUUCCCUCAUCACGGGCUAUCUAUUCCGCUCAUUACGGAAUAUCUAUGCCGCACGUUACCGUCGUAUCACAUACCGUUUAGUCGUUCUGGUGUGGGAAUGUUUCCUCCCUCCCACAAUCUGCGGCAUCGCAACGCUGGUCAGCUACGGCAUCUUCGCCUACUCGGGCCCCUCUAAGAACUGGGAUGUCCCGAUCCAAGGUGCGCUGGGGAAGCUUUACGCCAUAUCCCUCCUAGUCUCGGUGAAUGUCAACGUCUCGUAUGAGGCCGAACAGGAGUCCAGAACCGCGAGCGUGAUUCAAAUCGACACUACCAUCGCGCUUGACCGCCUGCCACGUUCAGAUGCAGAGAAUAGUCAGCAUACUUCGGAUCCUCCAGAGCAAACACGAUCUCUUCUGCUUGACGAUGGCAAACAUGACCUCGUAAACCCAUCGACGAACCUAUUCAUCCGAGAUCACGUAUGA